CACGGCAGACAUCUCCAUCUAGCCGUGUGCUAUAAUUGAAAUGGCGCGUUUGGCUCGAGGCGGGUUGUGAGGGUGCUUUUUGCAAUAGCAGAAUGCAUGUCGAUAGACGUCAUUUGGUUUUAAUGGCCUACAGGAAAUUUGGCGUUACAAUUUGGGACAUUAGCGAGGGAGAGGGAGGACAGGAACAUUCUCUGCAUGAAAACUAUUGAAGAAUAUCUACAUAUGCAACAUCUUUUUCUUUUAUAGACACUUUAUCAACAAGUUAUACUGCGCCUGAAUAAUCGCUUCAGAAGUAGAGAGCAAGGAAGAGAGAGGGAGAGAGAGAGGGAGAGGAAGCGUGCCCUGUUUUACUUAUUUAGAGAAUGAAAAUGUAUGCCUUGCUGAAAAUGCCUGAGGAAAUAUUACAUCAGACGAAAUGACAAUGAUUAAAAUCUGAUUUUUUUCUGCUCUAAGUCUAUUGAGCGACGUGACACUUGCCUGAUACUGAACAGCGUCAAACCGUUAUCCCCUGCAAACCCGAACUUUAAACCGUUACGAGCGCUGAUCUAUUUUUACUUUGGCGGAAAAUACGAAAAACACAACACUAAUGACUCGUUGUUAUCGUUGUCACCGUUUUGGGAACAGUGAGAGAAUAUCACGUUUUCAUCUUAAAAAUUAGCCUGGGCGCAGAGCAGGGCUGAGCUAAUUGUAGCCUAAUCCUUGCCCCAGAGGCGUUUGGGCAGCCCGGAGCAAGAAUUCUUUUUUAGCUCGGCUCUCUUAUUUAGAGACGGAUUAUUGGCUUUCUUCUUCACAUAACAGACCCGGCAGAUUCAUUUUAGGAAAAAAGACGGUCAAGAAGCUAAAAUACUCAGCAGGAUCCGACCAGCCGAAAAUAUAAGUAUUUAGAAAUAAGAAGGGGGAAGCAGAGAUAUCUUCUAUGUACAAGUUUAAGGAAACUUGGGGCAUUUGAAAGGGAGAACGCAACCUUCAACUGGCACCGAUUGAAUCUGGCUGGGAUUUCUUCGGACUCCUACAAUGUUUGAAACGGAAGGAAGAAGCAUGUCACGUCUGUCGUUGACCCGGUCCCCGGUAUCUCCUCUGAAUUCGCAAGGGAUCCCACUCCCGGCGCAACUUACCAAGUCGAAUGCACCGGUGCACAUUGACGUCGGUGGACACAUGUACACCAGCAGUCUGGCCACUCUCACCAAAUACCCAGACUCCAGAAUCAGCCGGCUGUUUAAUGGCACAGAGCCCAUCGUGCUGGACAGCUUGAAGCAGCACUACUUCAUCGAUCGGGAUGGGGAGAUAUUCCGGUACAUUCUCAGCUUCCUCAGGACCUGCAAACUGCUGCUACCUGAUGACUUCAAGGACUUCCACCUGCUGUACGAGGAGGCGCGCUACUACCAGCUGUCGCCCAUGAUCAAGGAGCUGGAGCGCUGGAAGCAGGAGCGGGACCAGCGCCGGAUGGCGCAGCCCUGCGACUGCCUGGUGGUCCGCGUCACGCCGGACCUGGGCGAGCGCAUCGCCCUCAGCGGCGAGAAGGUGCUCAUCGAGGAGAUCUUCCCCGAGACCGGCGACGUCAUGUGCAACUCCGUCAACGCCGGCUGGAACCAGGACCCCACACACGUCAUUCGCUUCCCUCUCAACGGCUACUGCAGGCUCAACUCUGUGCAGGUUCUGGAGCGGCUGUUCCAGAAGGGCUUCAGUGUGGCGGCAUCCUGUGGCGGUGGCGUCGACUCCUCCCAAUUCAGCGAGUACGUCCUGUGUCGCGAGGACCGCCGCAGCCAAUUAAUGAACACCCCCAUCAGGAUAAAACAAGAGCCCCUGGACUAGGGCAUGCUGGGAAAACAAGACUAACCAUGCAGGGAGCAAGAAACGGCGCCCCUACCCCCUAUCCCCAUCUCCAUUACCCACCCAGCCGCCCUCUUACCGGAACUCCCCUGCUCAGCCAAACAAAAUCUACCCUUCAGUCCUUCAGAAACUCCCCCGGACACAAACAAACCUGAGGACUCCCAGACUCCUCAGAACCACUCCAGCUCUGUGGAGCAAUCUGUUUCAACACGGAAUGUAAUCUCAACAACAAAGAAAUCAACAGAAAAACAAACAACGAACAAGCAAACAAACAAAAGAAACAAACAAAGACAGACAGGCAGAAGUCUCUGAUUUUGACUAGAUUUUACAACCCAAAGAACACACACACGCACACACGGAGAAGGCGCAGGACUUGUGAACAAGACAAGAGGCAGGUGCACGUGGGAAUUCUUCUGCCUCAGUGACCGAUCCCCCUUUUUUUCUCCUCUCAUCACCGCCCAUGGUGCCCAAAAAGGUGCCUGUCUUGUCUGGUAGGCGUGGCACGGGAGUACCCCCCUUGUUUCACCGACGACGUGUCUGCGCAGCGGGGCGUCUUCCAGUGCACCUGUACUGUGCGAGCCCAAUGUGUGUGUGUGUGUGUGUGUGUGUGUGUGUGUGUGUGUGUGUGUGUAUUGUGUGUGUGUGUGU